AUGGCUGGAGGGCGCAGGUGCCGCCCAGGGUGGAAUUUUACGCUCCAGGGCCGCCGCCUCGCCGCUAGUGCCCGGUCGCUCGGCCCCGGCAGCCUCCACCCGCUCGCCCCAGCUUUGGGCAGAUCUCUUUUAGGGUCCCCGCGGGAGAGGAAACGCCUCCCCCUGGACUGGAAAAACCUGCAGCGUCGGCAGUUCGUGUGCCCCUGCUCAGCCAGCAGCCCCUGGCGUCUCCAAUUGCCAAAUCCACUCUCCGGGUUUUGGCGGCAGCUCCAAGGGGAUCAGGCUGGAAACUGA